CUCGCUGCGAGGCGCGGGCGGAAGUGGCGACGCUGGCGUCCCGGGAGGCGGCGGGCGGCGACAGCCCGGGCGCGGACGCCCUCGGCGCGGGCUGGGGCAUCACCAAGGGCCUCGACCCCGAAAUGGCGCUGCUGGCCGAGCACCUGCUCAAGCCGCUGCCCGCAGACCGGCAGAUCGAGACCGGGCCCUUCCUGGAGGCGGUGGCCCACCUGCCGCCCUUCUUCGAUUGCCUUGGGUCCCCGGUGUUCACGCCCAUCAAGGCAGACAUAAGCGGUAACAUCACCAAAAUCAAAGCCGUCUAUGACACUGACCCGGCCAAGUUCAAGACCCUGCAGAACAUCCUGGAGGUGGAGAAGGGGAUGUAUGGGGCGGAGUGGCCCAAAGUGGGGGCCACGCUGGCACUGCUGUGGCUGAAAAGGGGCCUGCGCUUCAUCCAGGUGUUCCUGCAGAGCAUCUGCGAUGGCGAACGGGACGAGAACCACCCCAACCUCAUCCGGGUAAACGCCAACAAGGCCUAUGAGAUGGCGCUAAAGAAGUAUCAUGGCUGGCUGGUGCAGAAGAUCUUCAAGGCCGCACUGUAUGCAGCACCAUACAAGUCUGACUUCCUAAAGGCGCUCUCCAAGGGGCAGAACGUGACGGAGGAGGAGUGCCUGGAGAAGAUCCGCCUCUUCCUGGUCAACUACACGGCCACCAUCGACGCCAUCUAUGAAAUGUAUACCAAGAUGAACGCGGAGCUUGACUACACCGUGUAGGCGCGGGGACACACAGCCCCACGUGGGCACAAGCAACCCCAUCACUGUGAAACAAGCUGGGAUCCCCAGCUCAGCGCCCGCCCGGCCAGCCUGGGUCUGCAGGGGGCGGCCUUAGCUUGUUAGAGGUCUUUUGUUUUCUUGGUUUUGUUAUCUUGGCCUUUUCUAAUGGAGCAAUAAACACCCUCCACUCACUCCAGCUUCCCCAGCAGCUCAGGCUGAACCAACCUCCUUCCAGUGUGGCUAAAACCAAUUAACUUUGCUAACGAUGAAUUCCUAGGGUUUUGUCUUUCCCUCCCCUACCUAGCUCAGGAGGAGCCCAACUCAGGGGAGACAUACACCUCACCCAGCAAAGAAGCCAGGUCCAUCCGGCCCAAGGGUGUCUUGGAUGUUUGAAGGACAAUGGAGGCGGAUGGGAAAUUCAGCAGGGCCCAACUGUGGUGUCUGUUUAAAAGGCGAGCUGACAGGGUCCUCACGGGGCUGCACAUCUGGCAUUACCAGCCCUGUUCUCUCUCUCCCUCUGUCUUGUCAGACAGGUUUUUUUGUUUCUCCUGAAAUGUUACCAGCCUUUCAAAUGACCGCCUAGCCACACACAGGCGACCGUCCGUGACUGAACUCGCAUUCUUCUGCAUAAUGCUUUCUUCCUCAGGGUUGGCUCUUCCAACCCAAGAAACUGCCUGUCACGGGGCCCUCCAGCUGCGGAGACCCAAGAAACUGCCUUGCUGCCUUAAACCGUCCUUCAGGAGCUAAAAGAGCUAUAUUUUUUAAAGUAUCGGGGUUAAACACAUCCUGAAAGAAUUGAUGUAUGUUAAAAAAAAAAAAAAACCCAAUGAGGAACAAUUGGUGAUUUUUAUGCAGAAACUAAAUAAUCCUUAAUAAAUAAAUCUAUAUUUUGAAAUCACA